AUGCAGCCCCGUGACGUCGACAGACUCAGCGUGCGCAAGAUCAUCCUUGCAGCAGCCAUAGCCCAUGAGGACUGGAAGCUCCUAGCCCGAAUGUUCGGUGUCAACGAGUGCACCGCCUCAAACUGGAUAACAACUGCUCGUAAGCGAGAGGAAUGGGCACCGGACAGAGCGCAAUGGGGUGGCAAGCGCCACCAAAAGAUUUACGAACACCAUGUCGAGCGCAUCUUGGAGGCCGUCUCCGUGACGCCGGACAUGACGCUGGAGGAGAUGGCCUCCAUUGUGGCCACUGACUUUCGAGUCAUUGUGACAGCAACUUGGAGGACAUGCAGGUCGGUACUUGAUACCGUUUAA